AUGACUGCCGCCCUCAAAGUCUUUGUGCGUGAUGCGAAGGUCUUCACUUCUCUCACUGCGCACUUCCUGCCCAAAGUCAUUCCCUAUCAACCUAUCUGGGACCCCCGUGACAAUCACGAUUAUUCUCCUGAUGACAGUGAAAGGCCACUCAGUCCUUGCUGGGCGUAUGCAUCGCGUCCAUGGUUUCCUGUCGUGCCUUUGAACCCGAGCUUUGAUGGGCCCAUCUUCGAAUGCCUGAACCACACCAGGUUUUCUCUCCGCACAGAGGUCGAUGCACAGGGCAAGCACAUACUUCAUCGCGACAUCAGAGAAAGAUGGUACGAGCUAGAGAAGAAAUUGAUCUGGUGCCAGGAGCGUUUGGGUGCCGGGAUGUUCGUUCCGUGGGGGACUACACUUCCACCCCCUCCACAUACAUUUGGGUAUCUUCGUUCACACGAGAAUGCCAAACUCGCUGUAAAGGUCGCGCAACGCAUUUUUAUGUACGUCGAUUCCUAUCCUCAUUGCACUGCGACUGAUAUUUUUCUAGUAACUGCCGCUGCCUGCACAUGGCACAUUAUGAGUCGCCGAUAUCGAGGUUCCAAUCGCCCCUGGAUGUCUGUCUUGACCGAUGACCGCGAGUGCCCCAUACCGGCUGAAUGGGUUCUCGAGUUAUCGUGUUCGUUUGUGGGAGAUCUGUCGGCCAAUGUUCAACGCACCGGAGUGUUCAUCUCCUCCAUCCACUGCCCUUGGGAAGGGCAACUGCCCAUGUUCGAACAUUUCUCGAUCCCAAUAUGGGUCCUCUGCACCGAGGGCGUGUCUGUCGUUGACCCUAUGUUGCGUAGCUAUAUUCCCUUCCGGGAGGCUGUCACCUCUGCGACCGAGGCCCUACAAUGGGGCCAAACACCAGCUGGCGGAGAAAUGCAACCGGAGCCUGUCUUCGCAUGGGGCGAUGUAGAUUCCUCAUGGGGUCACGCUGACAAUGGGUGUCAGAGCGGCGGAGAAAAUCAACUCAUCUCACUUGAUUCCCAAGAAGAGGUGUCUCCCGUCCUUCUGUUUCCGGAGCCCGAACGCAACAGUGGACAGUUGCGAGGAGAAGAUUGGCAGGUGUUCUUAGCGCGGCGCCGCGAGGGAAAUAUGAAAAGAGAGGAGAAAGAGACUCCAGCCCAAUGGCAGUCAUGUCUGAGCCACGCGACAUCGGCGGGUAACCAGGAUUACCCUGCCAAGAAGACCACGGUGUUCGAAUGGCAGCCCCAAGAGGAGUAUGAUGGCUUUCAUCUAUGCAUCCGCAUCACAAAGAACGAUAUUCCCUCGGUGUGGAGGGAAUACAGUGCAACUACAAGGACAUAUGACUCGUUUCAUAACGAGUGGGACUUGUGUGAUGAGUUGGAUCCCACCAGUGUUCCUGAUGGCGACUGGGAAGAUGAAAUUUUCGCUCCUCCUGCUCCUCCCACUCUACCUCCGGCACCGCCUCAACCUCCAUCACGGACCAGUUUCUUGCAGGACAUCAAUCGAUACUUCGGUCAUCAUGAGGUUGCAUCCUCAUUGAAGCUCAAUCAUGGCAUUGAGCAUUUUGUUUCAACAUUACAUUUCCGUCUCGGAUUCCAACUCGCAGCAUCGACCUCUACACCCCGAGGUAGAUCGGCCAUGUUUGAAUCUUGGAUCUGCAAGACGGAGUGGCUUCACCUAUGCAGACUCGUCGGCGAUGUAGGCAUGGAUGUCGCAACCAUUCCGGACGCACAGAAGGAGAUCAUCACUUGUUUCAUAGGUUACCUGGUCACGUUACCGGCAUCUGGGUUAUCUGAAAUGCCAGCUGAUCUCUGGGACUUAGGACCCGAUCCUUCCCUAGCAGUCUCGAAUGCGCACAUUCGAGUUUCAAACGUGCAACUUCCCAAGCAACUGCUCUAUGUAAUAGAGCCAAGUCUAUCAGCAAGUCUGGUCGUCUGGAAACUCGUCGUCACCGACGCUGCCACUGCUGUGAUGUGCCUCCGGCGUGACUGGGGGUCUGACAUCACGAAGAUCGCGCUCAAUCUCCUCCAAAAAGGAAUCACUUUCAAGACAUUGCAAGCCAUGGCAGUCGCGCCUGACGCACGUCGCCCACUUACAGAACUUCGUUUAUACUCGCCGACCUACACGCGCCCCCCUUGCAAGGCUGUUUACGCGGAUUACGUCGUAUAUGAACAACAUCACCACGAAUUCAUGAAUCAGCCUCGUGCAAGAGCCGCACUUCUUCAUGGCGGGCUCGUAUGGAGGCUGGCUCUGCAUAGCUUUGGUUUUGAUAAUCUCCCCUCCGUUCUCGAAGGAAUUUCAUGGGAAGCUGUACCAUUCGGUCUCAUGUUGCUCAUCAAUGACCAGACUUACUUCGACAAUGAGUUGUCAGAGGAGGAGGUCUCUUGGUGGCCUAGACCCCAGGCCUGGGCUGCCUCAGGGUUGAACGUGGGGUUCUGGUCCACACGAUGCGAAGAGUGGUUCCAGAAACGCCUCGGCAACAUUCGAGAGGGUGUCUCCAGAAUCCGCAAUACAUGUGUCAACGACGAUAACGGUCCAAUGACCGCCACGCAGUGGAAACGUUCGCUCAAGUUUAAUCCGGGCACCAACAAAAUGAUGAAGAACGUUGACGUGGCGUGUUCUCAAUUCCUUGCCGACAAUGCAACUGGUGAGAAUGAUUUUGUUGUUGUUACUUUUUUUGCAGAGUUUUAA